AUGCGCUCUUCAGUGAGCUAUAUAUUGUCUCACGCCCCAGGAGAAUCUGUGAUGUCUCAUCCAGACUAUGGGCAGCACGCCCAACAUCACGCAUGCCUUCUAGUGCUCGUCAAGGGAAUAGGCGGCAUGUUGAAAAAUUUCAAUAAACUCUGGGAGCGAAUACAGAGAAUCAACACUAUCAAAGUGACUGACUCCGCAGGGCAGGUGAGAGACAUAUGGGUACGCUAUGUCAGAGACUACCCUGUUGAGAAUAAUGAUUGGGGAGACUUUCAGACUCAUCGGAGACUACUUGGCUUGAUAACUCUAAGCAAAUUCACUAAUCAAGUCGAAUUGAAUGAAGUGUGUAGAGUACAUGAAAGUUUAAAAGUAAAAUACUCCAAUACUCUGUAUGACUCCAGAGCAUUUAUGUUUGGACCUAUUAGCAACAUGAAAAAGCCCGAACAAGAACCUGAAACAUACAGUAUCUUUGAAGGCGAGAAAACCAUCAAACAAGAAUGUAACCUAUCUGAAAAAGCAUCAAUUCCAAGUGAACACAUGGACAGUCUGUCAUCAUCGGAAAGCUUCCCACGAUCCACUUCAUCAACUACAUCAUAUACCCAAGAAGAAAACUUCACCACACCUUCAAAUUUCAAAACUCAUGCAAUGUUUUAUGGUGAAAACGAUCCUGUUCCAGACUUAGAGCAGAAUGUGGCAGAUCUUAUCAAUUCACUUUUCUGGGUGGUGGAGUCUAAGCGUUUGGAAAGAUCUAGAGAGAAAUUAGAAAAGGUUUCUCUCCUACUAGCCCCCUUUGAAAAAAAGGAUUUUGUAGGCUUAGAUAUGGAAUCGCGUAACAAUAAAAAACGUUGUAUGGGCCGGGUGACAAAAAAUUUGGCAGAUUUGACUCUCCAAGCUGGGUUAGUUGCUGAUAGCUUGAAUUUGUAUCACUCUGCAGCAGAAAUACUGAAAUCGGUCAAUGAUUGGUUGUGGUUAGCCGCUGCUAAAGAAGGAUUGUGUGCGUCGUCUGCUAUACUACUGUAUCCGAAUUUACGUAACUCCACACCGCUGCAGCGAAACGCGAGCCUUCAAGAAAGUUCGCCGAGCAAAAGCAAGCCUUUGUCUCUCUUCCAGCCAACUGAUCCAUUUAGAAAGUUCAAAAUGAAUUCGUCACCCUUACGUAAUUCCAAAACGUCGAGUCCGAUUAAUCCACCGAGUGAAUUAACUCCGACUUCCUCAGAGAGCAUUGACACGUCCUCAAGACAAUCGGAGACUGAUAACGGUGACACCGAGUCCUUAGCUUCGUCCAGCGAUAUUGAAUACCAAAGCCCCAAAUCCUAUUUAAGCACAGAACUACCGUCGAUACCGCGGCAACCGCCAUCGCAGAUCACUAACCAAUAUUUGUUGAACGGAGAAGAAAUCGCGGAAAAGUAUCGCAAGGCGAUAAUCCACUACAGCAAGUACCAGAACGCCGGUAUCAUUGAAACCGAGGCUUGCUUCAAGGCAGCCCGGAUAGCGGUUGAGCAGAACAAUAGUUUACACGCGUCCAGCUUUCUACAGAACGUGAUAUUCAUUAACUUGACGCUGAGCGAACAGGAGAAGAUACAACGAUUUGACACGUUAGCCGAACUUUAUAAAGAUAUUGGUUUCCUCCGUAAAGCAGCAUUUUGCCAACGAUUGGCGGCGACGAGACAGGUUAGCCCGAAUAACCCGAAUCCAGAUUGGCAACGGUGCUACUAUCUCAUGCUGCACAGCUUCCCAGGACACAAACUUAGCUUAGAUCCCAAUUACGUUCUACAACACCAAGUUGGCUGGCCAGCGCUUCAGAUUCAGUUACUACAAGAACUAGUUGUGGCCGCCCGUAGGAUGGGUCACCCGGCUCUUGCGACAAGGCACAUGACGUUUUUACUUCAAACGAUGUGGCCUCAUCUGACCAAGCAGGAACAUCGAGAUCUGGCCAUACAAUUGCAGGCUUUAUCAGCGCAAUGCGAAGGGGGUCCGGUUCCUCUCGUGCUGGAAACAGGCGAGGUAAUUCCACCAGCGAACCUCAGUCACGUACCGAACUGUUCUUGGUUCACACCCAGGCCGUUACCUCCGGCGAGGGCUCCGCAUCUCGUUAAAUCGAAGGCCCACCACGGACCUUUCAUAUUUACACCGAUACACUUCGGCAGCUUGGAGAGGAACGCUAAGAAACAAGAAGGGAAAAUGGAAUACCUAUGGGUCGAAGGUGAUAUCUGCGAGGUACAAAUGAAGUUGACCAACCCGCUACCGUUCGAGUUGAAAGUUUCGAACAUGCGUCUGCUAACGUCGGGCGUUGUGUUCGAAUCUAUACCGGAAACAAUAAUAUUACCGCCCGACUCGCCGACAACGGUGAACUUACACGGCACCCCGAAGGAAAUAGGGGAAUUGCAAAUACUAGGCUACUCGACACACACGCUCGGUGUCAAAUCGAACUGUCGUCUCAAGAAUAUGCCGAUGCCGAACAAAUUCCCGGCGUCGUUUACCGUUGAAGUAAUACCGAGUCUCCCCACGAUCGCUAUAGAGACGACCGUAACGCCAUCUGGGAACGCGGGGUUGUCAACUGAAACUGUGGGCAGCACUACAAAUGUCACUUUGUAUAACGGAGAGAGCACAGACUGUACAAUUAAAAUCACGAACACUAAUUCUGUACCUAUCGAAUACCUUGACUUGGCUAUACAGUCAAACAUCGAUACUGCACUUCAAUCUAAGAUAUUCCAAUUCUCAAACGAGGAUAUUCAGUCGCAGUUGCCCAUCGCUCCGGACCGAACCGCUACGAUAACCAUAAAGUUAUACGGCGAAGCAGAUUUCCUAGAUCUAGGCGGUGUGGGCGGGGAAAACCUAUUUCCUAACAGCUUGACCUCUAAUUAUCCGUCAAGGGUAGGAUCGCCGGUACCCAAUGCUCAGACUUCCCUGCCCACGCAGAGUUCCAAUCCUCAAAACUCAUUGAGCAGUGGACUUAUGCCGCACAGAACUUCGGGAAGUUUCAGAUCGACUAAUUCUUACGCGACCAGCUGGUCCGCGCCUAUAUCAGUUAUGCCCCCCUCCAGAGGUCGUCAAAUCGAGUCUCAGCUUAUUUUAAGAUAUUCUGGUGGCGAAGGAAAAGAUGUUCAUUGUCGUCAAUCUACCUUACAAAUCAAUCUAGAAUUGUUGCCUAGUGUCUCUAUAACGCAUUGGGAUGUGCUGCCAGCGGAAAUUGCAUCGCAACUGUAUUUAGUGUUAGACGUAACAAAUCUUACGUCUGAGGAGAUGGACUUUCAUUAUGCGCCAAACAAACAUAUUCUGAUCGAGAGCAAGGAAUCCUGUAGAGUUCCCGUACCGUUAGACAGGUGUCCUUUUAGCAAUACGAAUGUAAAAAGCGAUGAUGAUACCACAGACUCAAAAUCGAUAAGCACGGGAACGUCGACAAACAGCCUCGAGCUAAUGUGCUCCGAACACAUAACCAACAACACGGACUUGAGAUGGAACUUGGUUCAUUCCGAUAUAAGUGGUCGGGCUUCCGUCAAAGGGAUCACCCUAUCGCAAACUAUGAUGGAUAUAGUGCGGAUGUCACCGCUGAACUGGGAGGUUAGCAUUAACAGCCAGUGCAUAAAGCCCCAAGAGGAGUUCAACUGUACGGCGGGCGAGUGCCUCUCGUUGGGCGUGGCUGUAUGGAAUCACCUGAGCCGACCGCUGCACAAACUAUGCCUCUCUGUACAGUUCUAUCAGGAUUAUAACAACGGCGUUUUCAGUUACAAACUCGACAACAGGGUUGCUACUGCCGGAAAUAAUAAGGUGGUAUUAACAACACUGCGGGAGUCAGCUAAAGCUUACCACGAGUGUACUGUGGUUUUUUUGACGCCCGGAGAAUAUAAAAUUGAUAUCCAAUGUUCUACAACUGAACCGAUUUUAGAAGACUCCACUGUACUGAAAGAACCCGAGCAACCAUCCAUCAUACAGCCGUGUGCGAGUGAAAUAAGUCACGUUUGGCGUUUUAUACCGCCCGUAGCUAUAAGUGUAAUAGAUUAAAUAAUUUAUUUAAUUAAAACGGCAAUUCCGAUAUUAAUCUUUAGGCUUUCGCAAGUCUUAGAUAUUCUGUUAUCUACUUCAAUAAUGUAUAAAUAUUACAAAUAUAUUAUAAUAUAUAGCGUACAUUAUAAUUAUUUGAAUACCCUAGUAAUGGUUUUUUUGCAUAAUUGGUUCGAUUACUACAUCGAUACUAAAUACAUUU